AUGAAAGUAGUAACUGUUCCACGUCAAUUGGAUAACUUGAUUUCCUACAAAAGUAUCUUGGAGAAUCUUAGAAACGAAAUUAAGAAUCUGCAACAAAAAAGACAAAGGGUGCAAGAAAAUCUUACUUGUUGGGAUUCUGAGGAAUUCCAGACUAAAAGUAAGUGGUUAAAUAGAACUGAUGAGUUUUUGAGACAAGUGAAUGUAUUUGUGAACUACUAUGAAGGAAAAGGUUCUUGCACAAAUUUCCUAUGGUGGUACAAGGUUAAUAAACAAGGAAGAAAGAUGAUGCAAGAAAUGUUAAAAUUACAAAAAGAAGGUAAUCUUCAUCUAUUAGUGAAACCACCAAAAGAUUAUAAGGCCCCAAAAUCAAGAGCAGAUACUAUAAAUGAUAUUAUGGAGGCCCUGAAGGACCCUCUUAUCCAAAUAGUUGGAGUAUGGUGGUUGGGUGGUGGAGGCACAACUUUGUUGGCCAAACAAAUUGGAGACCAAGCAGAAGAACAGAACUUUUUCAAAGUGGUUAUCAUAGAUAUAGCUGAGAAACCAAGCGUUGAACAAGUUCAAGAAGAUAUUGAAGCUAUAUUGGGUCUCCAGUUUCAUGGGGAAAUUUAUGUGAAAAGAAGAAAUAGAUUGCGUUUAAGAAUAAAGAAAACGAAAAGGAUUCUUAUCAUAAUUAAUGAUACGUGGGGAGAAUUGAAUCCUCAAGAACUUGAUUUGGACGAAAUUGGAGUUCCUUUGGGUGAUGAACAUAAGGGGUGUAAAUUAUUGCUAAUAUCAAAAAGUUUGGAUUUCAUCCAAAAUUUAAUGGGUGCUCCUAAGGCUAAGAUAGUUCAACUAGAAGUGUUACUAGAAGAAGAGGCUCAGAUCUUAUUCGAAAAGAUGGUUGGAGGCAUUGCUCAAAAUUCUGAGGCAAGUUCCAUAAUAACUGAAAUAGUGAAAAGUUGUGAAGGUUUGGCUCCUGCAGUUUUUGCUAUAGCUAAGGUGUUAGAAAACAAAGACCUACAUGCUUUGCAAAAUGCCUUGAUGCAGCUAAAGGAACAUGUUGCACCAAUAAGACUAUGUUACAAUAGUUUAGAGAGUGAAGAACACAAAUUCUUGCUCUUGAUUCUUACCCUUAGGGGAAGGAGAGCCGUGAACAAGCAUAGUAUAUAUGUAGACAUGUGGGAAGGUUUAUUAAAAAAUCUUGACACAUUAGAGGCUGCAAGAAGUAGGUGUGAUUCAUUAAUUAGUGAUCUUAAGGCCUAUGGUCUUCUGAUUGAAGAUGAAAAUGAAAAUGUCAAAAUAAAUGACUUGAUAUGGCACACUGCUUAUUCAAUAGCUCAAAAUGAUCUAAAAGCUUUAGUGAUUUCUAAAGAAUGGCCAACUGAAGAAUGGUUGAGAAGUUUACGCUUUUGCAACAUAACAAUUGUGAAAGGUGCACAGGUUCCUGAAAUGCUGCAAUGUCCAGAAAUGCAAGAGAUUAUACUAAGCACUGACAAUCCCUCAAUGCAGGUUCCAAAUUUAUUUUUUGAUGAGACUAAACUUCUGAAAGUAUUAGAACUUAUUGGCUUUGAUUGUUCAAAACUACCUUCUAGUUUUGGUUCGAUAAAGAACCUUCAGGCAUUAUCCAUGUACAAUUGCAAAUUAGGAGACAUAACUAUAGUUAGUGAGCUCACAAACCUACAAAUUCUUGGCCUCUUUGGAAGUAGAAUCCAACAAUUGCCUAGAGAAAUUGGACGACUUCAGAAGUUGUUAAUCUUGGAUUUAAGAGACACAUAUCUCCAAGUGAUUCCAUCCAAUGUUAUAUCAAACUUAACUAGUUUAGAAGAAUUAUAUUUGAGAAACUCCUUUUGCAAUUGGGAGGUUGAAAUAUCCAACAGUGAAAACAAAAAUGCAAGCUUGAAAGAGCUAACAAACUUGCAUCACUUGACAUGUAUAGAAGAGUUGUAUGUUCCUGAUCCUCAAGCAUGGCCAAUGGACUUGUACUUUGAAAAAAUUAAAUCAUACACAAUUUUCAUUGGGAAUAGUUGGGUUGAGACCCAUAAUGGUGAUCAUGGGUUAAAAGUAUUGAAACUCAAGCUCAACAGACAGUUACAAUUAAAGGAUGGGAUUAAAAGGAUGAUGAAAAAUGUUGAUGUCUUACACUUAGAUGAACUGUAUGGUGUCCAAAAUGUUCUGAGUGAUUUAGACGGUGAUGGGUUUCUCCAUCUACAAUCUCUUUUUAUACAAAACAAUGCUGAAAUCAAAUGCAUAGCCAUGAGUUCUAGUGAUGAUCAUCACAUUGAUGCUUUCCCCAACAUAGAGUCAUUGUCUCUAAAAAGAGUAAGCAAUUUAAAGUACAUAUGCCACGGUUCUCUAAGUGAAAAAUCUUUCUUCAAAAUAAAAGUCAUCAGAGUACAGCAAUGCCAUGAAAUGACAUGCCUCUUCUCAGACUCAAUGAUCAAAAGUCUUCCACAUCUUGUUGAUUUAGAAGUUUCAAAGUGCAAACUCAUUGAAGCAAUUGUGGUUGGAGGAGAGAAGAGAACACCUACAGUGUUUCCUCAAUUACGCUCUCUAUCAUUACAAGGACUCCCUGCAUUAUUUUGUUUCUAUACGUCUUCUUACGAUGAACCCCCACUUUUUGAUUAUUACCAUGACUUCCCACUUUUUGAUGAUAAGAUUUCUUGUCCUAAUUUGGAGAGAAUGGUAAUUUCCAAGGUUAUCAAAUUAAAUUGCAUAUGGGAUUUUCGGUACAAUGUUGCAAAUUCAUUUUGGAAGCUGAAGAACGAUGGUCCAGAUGACAUAACUAUUGAUGGGGAUGAGGAAUUAAGCAAAGCAAAGGAAUUAUGUGAUCAUAAACCUUUGUUUCUGUCUUCCCUUACAAUGUUUAACGCAAAAAAUUGCAGCAAUGGAAACCGUUUGUUUCAAUUUUUAUGCUACUUGGAAGAGAAGUCAGAACUGCUUGAACAUAUCACCAUUGAACACUGCAUAACACAACCAUUUCUAUUUGGCAAUGAGUCUUCUAAACUCAUUUCCUUGAAGGAAUUGGUAUUAAUGGAAUUACCUGACAUGAUGUACAUAUGGAAAACACAUGUCCGUUACAUUAAGCUCAAUAAUUUGAGAAACUUAUACAUCAAGAGUUGCCUUUCUCUGAUGCUAGUCUUUCCUUAUCAAGUUAACAACCUCAGCCAACUGAAUGAAUUGAAGAUUCAAGAAUGUGGGAAUUUAACAAAAGUUAUUCAACAUGAAUAUCAUCCCUUUAAAUUUCUAGCAUUGAGCAAGGUGGAGCUUAUGUACCUCCCAGAAUUAAUCAUGUUCCAUACCAACACUUAUUAUAGAGAAUUCCCAGUUUUAGAAACAUUGGUGAUAGAAAAAUGUCCUAAGUUGCAAAUAUUCACUCAUGGGCUUGCAACUGCAUAUCAUUUGCCAACAGAUAACCGUAAUUCUUUCUUUAAGUUAAAUGAACUCAGGUUGGAUACUUGUCACACGUUGGUUUAUGUCAUUUCCUCUAAUAGGACUUUACAAGAGUUUCCAAAAUUGAUGAAACUCACUGUAAGUCAUUGUACCUCAUUGAAAAUGAUUUUUAACAUUGAAGAGGAAAUAUCAUGUUCUAUAGAGCUUUUGCAGCAGCUAACUGAAUUGAUUUUAAUUGACCUACCCAAUUUGACUCACAUCAUCAACAAAGAAAUUAUCAGGUGCUAUAAAUAUCUCCAAAUCCUAGAAGUGAAGCAAUGCAAGUCUCUUAAAUCACUACAAGCCUCUCAAAUGCUAACAAAUAUGCAAGUUUCGGAUUGUGAGUCCUUGGAGAAAAUUAUCAUGAUGGAUGAAGGACAAGAGAUGGGAGAGAAUAAGAGCUCCUUUCCACUGUUGAAGUAUGUUUCUCUUGAAAAUCUAACAAAGCUCACAACUGUAUUUCCUUCUACAUCUCAAUUUCCAUCCUUGGAAACAUUGAUAAUCACAAAUUGUCCUGCUCUCAUCACUUUUCGUGAUGACUCCAAUGACCAGAAGGAUCACCCAGAACUUGCUACUUCAGACUAUUUCUUCCCAAAUUCUCUCUCAUUGGAAAAGUUGAAAGUACUUUGUAUAAACCAGGAUAUUGAGAAACUCUGGCACUACAAUUGUCCCCCACAAUCAUUUUGUGAACUGGAAAAUCUGACUUUGAGAAACAACAAAUUGUUGAAUGUCAUCACAUCCAACAUGAUCAAAAGAUAUGACAAUCUAAAAUCUAUGACUCUGGACAAAUGUGAGUUAAUGACAGAGGUAUUUAACAUUGAAGAUGACAAGCAAAAUCAGAAUAUCCAAGAGAUGUUUCCUCAACUAAGACUGGAAAUUCUAACUUUGAGCGACAACAAUUUAUUGUUGAGAGGCAUUUCUUCCAAUAUGAUCACAAGAUACAACAAUCUAAUAAAUUUGACUGUGGACAAAUGUGAGUUACUAACUGAGGUAUUUUACCUUAAUGAUGACAAACAAGAUGAGAAUAUUAAAGAAAUGCUUCCUCAGCUAAAGGCAUUAACAUUGAGCAACCUAAAGAGUUUGACAUAUGUCUGGAACAAGGAACCUCAAGUUCCUUUUUUCCCAAAUUUGGUGUCACUCAACAUUGUCCACUGUGGUAGCCUCAAGAGUUUAUUCUCAUGUUCUGCUACUAAAAAUCUUAGUAAGCUAAAAUUACUCAAGUUGUGUAACUGCCAGAAAAUAGAAAAAAUAUUAUCAGAUGAUAAAGAAGACAACGUAUCCAUCACUUUUCCUGAAGUAGAGUGUCUUAUACUCAAAGACCUUCCAAAGUUAAUUAGUUUCUGCCAGCAAAGUGGAACUAUUGAUUGGCCUAAAUUACAAAAAGUAAGUGUGAGCAACAUUCCAAGUAUGAAGACUUUUUCAGAUGGUCAAGUCAACACACCAUUGUUAAGAUCAGUUCAUAUAACAUUUGUUAAGAAAUAUUGGCUUGGGAAUUUGAACAAUACCAUAGCAUAUAUCCAUCACAAUGCAGCCAAGGAGAAUGGAAUUGAAGCAACUUAUUUGGCACCAAAAGACAAAGAGGAUGAGCACUGA